UCCACAGCGGCCUGGUGCUCCCCUGAGGUCGGCGCUUCGUUGCCUUCGUUUUCCGCGGGAGAGUUACAGCCCCGGCGCCACCGCUCCGCAGCCGCCCCCGAGGGCCGGGUGUGGCCUCCUGCGGGCCGCGAGGGUCCUAGGGCGGGCCAGGGCGGUGGGGGGAGAGGCGCGGCCGGUGGCCUUUGCGGAGCCAGGUGCGGACCCGCCUCCCCGGCUGAGCGGCGCGGGGGCCCGGAGCUGCCUCUGGGCGCACCCCGCCUUUAAAACACCGCCCCCCCACGCCUUAGAACACCCCUCCCGGAAGGAAAGCGCGCGCUCUGGUCUGCAGCCUCCUCUGACCCAGGCCGCGCGGUUGCCGUGAAAGCAAGACUUGUCCCAUUGAGACAUUUCUUGUCACAUCAUGUUUUAGUGAUCUCAGUGGGCGUCUGCUUUCGCAUGCCUCACUGAACCUCGGAGGGAGAGAUUUGAGUCAUGGCCCUCGGCUAUUAUUUUGAAGCAAUGAGUUUAAAACCCUUCACCUACCCGUUUCCAGAGACGAGGUUUCUUCAUGCAGGACCCAAUGUGUAUAAAUUCAAAAUUAGAUAUGGCAACAAUAUCAGAGGGGAAGAGAUAGAGAAUAAGGAAGUCAUCGUCCAGGAGCUGGAGGAUUCUAUUCGUGUAGUCUUGGGAAACUUGGACAAUCUGCAGCCAUUUGCUACAGAGCACUUCAUUAUAUUUCCCUAUAAAAGCAAAUGGGAGAGAGUGUCCCACCUGAAAUUCAAGCAUGGGGAAAUCAUCUUGGUCCCCUAUCCAUUUGUUUUCACUCUAUAUGUGGAGAUGAAAUGGUUUCAUGAAAACCUGUCACCUGGGGAGCCAAUAAACGACAGUCCUCUCGGGUUGGAGUCUGGUUCCUCUCUGAAGGUCCUAGCAGAGCGGAAAGCGGCGGGAGCCAUGAUGAGGAAACGGAAACAAGCAGAAGUGCCCAGCUCCCCCAGCAGGCCAGCGCUGGACAGGGCCAAGAUGGAGAUUUCCAGCCAAGGCCCCAGCAUAAAGAAGCCCCUUAUGGAAACCAGGAGGAACAGAGAAGGGAAAACCCAGCAGGAAUGGCAGGAGACCCCAACAUCUAAUAUCACUGAUAUCCAGGAACAGGAUUCUAAGUGGGAGGACAUCCUAGCAGGGCAGAUCAUCCCUCCACUGCAGCAAAACAAUCCACCUCCACCUAAAGGACCCCCAGAGCUGGGAACCAAUGGCUUCUUUGGGUUUCUAAGCUCCCUCUUCCCCUUUCGCUAUUUCUUCAGAAAGAGCAACCAGUGAGCUUUCCAGAUGCAGCAGUGGGAAGAGUGUCCUCUUGCAGGGACUCUUCCCAUCCCAUCCUCUGUGUAUGACAUUUCAGUCAUGGGGAA